AAUACAACAUCAAACCAUCCCCGAACGAACAAAGUCAGAUCCAAUUAUUACUCACUAUUUAUGCCCUACAAAAUACUCCAAUUACUCGAUUAUAUAUACGAUAUUAAUAAGGAUAUAAUUCAAAAUACAUACCACAUGCUGCUUUAUAUAUAGUCGAGUGUUCCUAGCUAUAUACUGCGCCAUGUAUAAAAUUGAAAGAAAAGCGAGUCAAUGGCCCCCAAAUCUGAUCAGUUCAGAUUGCCACAGCCUACACAACCACCGCCAUGUGCUCCCUGCGCCUAUCAUGGAAGUUAUAAACGCCCCGCAGUCGAGUCCAAAAUCUUCGGAACCCCAGUCCACCAAGAUUCAACUCCCGCAGAAUGCGACUCAUCAACACUUCAUCCCUGGAAUUUGAAGAGUUCCAUGGGGAUGCAGUUCCGCCCUAUGCGAUACUAAGCCAUACAUGGGUCGAAGGAGAAGAGAUCAGCUUUCGCGAGUUCAUAGACCCCAACCUAUCUACGACCACUAAAUCCGGAUUUCAUAAGAUCAAGGGCGCGUGUAAGAUAGCGCGACAAGAUGGCAUCGAUUGGAUAUGGAUUGAUACCAAUUGUAUUGACAAGGCCAGUUCGGCUGAGCUCACCGAGGCCAUAAAUUCUAUGUAUAAUUGGUAUAAGGGGUCCGAAGUAUGCUACGCUUACCUAUCCGACGUCACAGAUUUCCCUUUACGCGACGGAGAGGACGGACCAUAUGACCUGAAUAGCCAGUUUCGUCAGAGCAAGUGGUUUUUACGUGGAUGGACGCUCCAAGAGUUAAUCGCGCCGCGACGAUUAGUAUUCUACAGCUCUUCCUGGGCUAAGAUUGGUGAUCGUUCAGAUCUUGCAUCCGAUAUCUCCGCCGUUACCGGAAUCGAGACGCGGCUCCUACGAGGCGUUGCAGAUAUACAUGCAGUUAGCAUCGCGAAAAAGAUGUCGUGGGCAGCUCGGCGUGAGACUACACGUGUUGAGGAUAUCGCAUACUGUCUACUGGGGCUAUUCGAUGUCAAUAUGCCGCUGUUGUACGGCGAGGGCACCAAGGCAUUUACGCGGCUCCAGGAGGAAAUAAUAAAGACAUCAAACGACCACACCGUGUUCUGCUGGAGCCGUACUAGCGUGCCGGCAGACUGGACUAGCAUGCUAGCGCCCUCGCCGGCUGUGUUCCGUGACGCCGGGGAUUAUGUCCCGAUAGACGCCUGGGAGAUACCGAUGCCUCAUUCAAUGACGAACCUGGGAUUGUCGAUAUACUUACCUAUUGUAUAUACCUUAACGCAGAUGUUCGUCAUGCUUGACGCUGGGCUCUUGGGGGGACGCGCUGAUAUGCGUGCUUGUAUUGCUAUGGAGAGAACGAAUCCACGGCGGUCGGGAUCAAAUAUUCUUGACAGGAGUAGUGUUUUCAUGGGCCCGACGAUGCUUUCGAAAGAGGCAACCGAUACGAGGGAGCGGUACAACUUGUUCAUCCGAUCUAGACACGUGCCGCAACCCGAGAGCCCACUAAGACCAUGUGGGCCCCGUAUAUCCAAGCACGGCAUUUUGUUAUUUGUAGAUCCGACCGCGACACGACUCUUAUCGACCGGCAAACGCGGAGCACCUCUCGGGUCCGUGGGCUAUGACAUUGAGACGCAUCCUCAUGGAAUUUUCAACGAGAAAACCGCCGUACUAUGGUUGCCGGCCUUUGAUGGCGGUAGUUCGCUUAUCACAUCCGGCUUGGUGCGUAUCCGUUUCAAGUCGCCGCAAGAAACAGAUCUAUAUCUUUUUCUCGCAGUCAUAUUAACGAUUAGUGGAAGAGAAGCCUGGUACUGCGGCCUAUAUUCAGCAGAUGAGUUCUGGUUCAUCGAACGAGAAAUCAAGGAAAGAAUCAAUGAAGAGGUUGCACCUGAUGAAGAGAUGGUGAUGAUAAAUGGUUACCUGCGAACCGUCGCCUGGGAGCAUGGCCGCAAACAGCUCACGGAUCAUACGCAAGACGAAUCCUUGUUUGUUUCUAUUGGGGGGACGAUGACUCGCAACCCCAAGACUGAUAUCAGGGCGGCUAUGCUCUCUGGCAAGUGCGAGUCCCCUUAUUCGUUUCCUAUGAGCGCCAUCGAUAUUGGCGGUGUAGUUGAUGAGACGGACGACGAUGAUAGUGCGGAGGACGAAGAGUUUGAAGAUUGGGACUCGUCAAAUGAAGAUGAGGAUAGUGAUGAAUCUGCAGGGGAGAAGACCAAUGGAUCACGUAGAUGGGACGUUAAUAGCUCUGGUGAAAGCUCCCAGACCUUGUCGUCCACAUCAUCAUGGUCUAAAACUUCACCGCCACCUAAACUCCCAGCUUCCUAGCGUUCUUCAUGAACUGUGGGGUCCGCUCAACUUAAUAUCCCUAGGUUUAUCGAUUCGAUCAUGAUAAACGCUUCGUGGAAGAACCCAUUCCGAACCACCGAGCAGACAACAAAUCUGUGGAUGAUCAUCUAACGUUUGAUAGAGUCGAUUUGCAAAAUAUAGACAUUGCACAUAGCCUAUAAAGUGAAUUAUUUAGAUAAUUAAGUAAUGCUGUUACAUCGCAAGGAGGACUAUCCACCUAUGCGCAUUACUAAGAGUAUUGGCGUUUUCAGUCUCCCAGACUUUGAAUCAGUGUAGGCUAUUCAAAAAGAGCAACCUUGUUCAUAGAUGGUAUGUAGGAAUGUAUGCAUUGUGUUUUACAGUUCU